GGUUUUGUUGGGUAUAUAUAUCGAUCAACAUGAGAUGAAAUCCGCACCCCAAAAAAAGCCACCAAACUUGAGACGAGACAACCUACCUUGCUUGCACCGUCGUCCUUGAGUCAGUGGUAGAAAGGCUCUCUCUUUGGCUCUUACAAAGGUUGAUCUUGCCUUAGGCAUCAGGUUGACGUAGUGCUACGAGGCGUUCAUAUGGGGAUAUGGUGGGGCAUUCAUGUACUGUGGCUGUGCUGUCGUUGGCGCACCGACCUCCAAUGGGACUAAUUAGUACCUCUUCUGCAAGCAGUUAGCGUUGCGGGGGGUCCCCGGACAGACCUCAGCUCGACUAUUGCAACCAACUACACUACAGGGCAACUGCAACUGCACGCUCACUACAUCAACACCAACACGCUCACAAGCUACGACAUGAGAUAUCGCGCCAUUGCACAAUGGUAGGCGUACCGGGGCGAUCGAGGGGCUGCAGGACAUGCCGACGGCGCAAACUCAAGUGCGACGAGGCCAAGCCGACGUGUGAACGGUGUCCCAAGGCUGGCUUGCAGUGUGAUGGCUACGACGAGGUGGCGUGGUCGGUGACGAGCGUGAGUAAGAGUGGUCGAUUGACGCGUCUGGACGUGCCGGGUCGCGCCAGUUGUACACGAGAUGCUACGUCGCGGGCUGGGGAGGAGGUUGGUGGUGGUGGUGGUGGUGGUGCAAGAAGGCAGUCUGGUGUUUGGAUGCCGUUGAUGCAGCUGUCGUGCCUUGGCACUGAGGCGUCUCGCGAGCACGAUCUAGUCCGCUUCGCAGCGCAGCGAAUAUUUCCGUGGCCUCUGCUGUCGACGACGCCGAGGAGUCGGUCCUGGAUAUUCGACCUUCUGGAAAUGGCGCCGGUGCAGGCGGUCCUGCCGGCCGUGUGUUGUCUGUCGGCCACGUUCAUCUCCCGUGAGGAGCAGCAGCGCUCGUGCAAAGCGCCGUCGGACUUGACCUUGUCGGCCAUGCACUACUACCGCACAGCACUACACGGCCUGUCGUCUGUUCUCCAAGACCAGCACCACUGGCAGGAGCCGGGCACGCUCGGUAUCGUCUUCAUGCUUUCAAUCUAUGAGCUGAUCAACGUGCGUGGGGGAAGUGGCUGGAUGCGACACGCGGGCGGCAUCAGCACGCUGGUCCGCACUAUUGGACCCAAGACAUUCGAGCAGGAGCCCGGCCGCAGUUACCUCAAUCUGCUACGGCAGUCCAUCGUUGCGCGCGCAGCUGAAAGACGCGAAAGGUGCUUUCUGGAAGGGCCAGAGUGGCGCUCGACGAGCGUGUUCAGUGAUCAGGAUCCGGAUCAUCUGUAUUACGCGCUCAUGGAUGCAUUCGCAAAGAUUCCCGGCAUUCUGGAAGACGCAGAUGCACUCGCGCGGAUAGAGGAUGAGAAGUCGGCGUGUGAGCACGGAGAGCAGCUUAGACAGAGCAUUGUCAGGGCGCUUGCUGCCUUGUUCAGGUGGCGAUUGGGGUUCGAUCAUGUGCUCUCGCGUAUGGCACGUGCCGUUCCAGUGGAUCCGUCAAAGAGCAUGACGCUGGAUGCUCACGGCCGCCCGCUAUACCCAUCGAUCCUGAUGUUUGAAAACGUGCUGAAUGGACGUGCAGUGGUAAUGUACGACGUGCUUGUGCUGCUCUUGAUGCAGCUCGGGGAAUCAUGGGGGCAGUAUGAUGUUGCUGCCAAAGCUUGUGAUUCUCUCGGGAUUGGAGAUCAGUUUGAUAUAGGUUUGGAGUCUGAACCGGCAGUGCUCCGUCUUCCAAGUCAAGACAUCAGCCCGGCAGAGGUGAUGACGGAGACGUGCCGCAGCAUAGAGUUCCAUCUCAGGGGGGGUAGCAUUUAUAGCGGAGCACUCAUGAUCCUGUACCCGUUCCGGAUCCUGAUCAAGCUCAGCAUAGACAGCGAGACAAGAGCGUGGCUGCGACGCAUCAGCCACAUGCUGAGUGAGCAGCACGGGCUGAAGUGCUUUGCCGAGAUAUGGGACGAGUGGGAUGGAUGAGGGUAGAAGAAUGGAUGGACAAGACGACAACGGAUUCGGGGCCGAGAGUGUCACUGUUUGAUUAAAAAGUGCAAGUGGACAGGCGUUUGCAGCAAGGGACGAGUGGAAUGAUGUUUGUUCGUUCUCAGGAGCAUCCAGGACGUCUCACUACAGCUCUGGAUGCGGCGCAAUUGAAGCAAGGGAGAAACGAGGCAGAGCUCUUUCGUGCUGGAUGGCAAAGUGACGACAUGGGACAAGGUUUUUAUGAGAGAGACAAAG